AUGGCUAACAAGUGUUGUUUUGAGGCCCUUGACAAGUCCUUGAAAGAUAUUAUGGGUACUGCAGAAAAGCCUUGUGAACAAAUAUUUGGAGGCAAAAUUGUUGUAUUUGGUGGUGAUUUUAGACAAAUUCUACCUGUUGUGCCUAGAGGUACUCGUUCUGAUAUUGUUCAUUCUACAAUAAAUGCCUCAUAUAUUUGGGCACAUUGCAAGGUUUUAACACUCACAAAAAACAUGCGGUUGGUGUCGGGAUCACAUUCAAACAAUGCUGCAGAGAUUGAGAGUUUUUCUAAAUGGAUUUUAGAUGUGGGAGAUGGAAAAAUUUCAGAACCAAAUGAUGGUUAUGCUGAAAUAACUAUUCCACCAGAAUUUCUAUUACAGGAUUUUUUGGAUCCAAUUGAAAAAAUGGUAACAAGUACUUAUCCAAACCUACUUGAAAACUUCACAAAUCCAGAGUUCCUCCAAAGUCGAGCAAUCCUAGCUUCAACUAUAGAGAUCGUCGAUGAAAUUAACGAUUACAUUACAAAUCUACUUCCAGGUGAUGAGAAGGAGUUUCUAAGUAGUGAUACUAUUGACAGAUCAGAAGCAAAUGAGAAUGAGGCUUUUGAGCAUUUGACUCCAGAAUUUUUAAGCUGUUUGAAAACGUCUGGUUUGCCUAAUCAUUGCUUAAAAUUGAAGAUUGGCACAACCAUUAUGUUGAUUAGGAAUUUGGAUCAAUCAGAAGGACUUUGCAAUGGUACAAGAUUGACGGUAACAAGGCUAGCAAAUCAUGUGAUCGAGGCUAAGAUUAUUUCAGGUACACAUGUAGGAAACACAAUUUACAUACCUAGAAUGUCUUUGUCUCCUUCACAAUCCCCUUGGCCAUUCAAACUUAUUAGAAGACAAUUCCCCAUCAUUGUCUCAUUUGCAAUGACAAUAAAUAAAUCUCAAGGUCAAUCAUUAGACUAUGUGGGUUUAUAUUUGCCAAAAGACGUCUUCAGCCAUGGACAACUAUAUGUUGCAAUGUCAAGAGUCAAAAGCAAAGGAGGCUUGAAAAUUUUAAUUCAUGAUAAAGACAAAUUGCCAUUGCAAGUAACAACAAAUGUGGUGUUCAAAGAGGUUUUCCACAACGUUGUAUAG